UUUGGGCUCGAGCGACGGACUGGGCUGUUGGCUUACCUUGGCCUGUUGGCCGCACGAACUGCCGCCACAGCUUCUGCCCCAUGUCCGCCGCCGGCUGCCGCGGCGACGCCCUCGGCCUCCGCCAAAAGGGCGCCCCGACGACUGACGAUGCAGCGACCAAGGCCACUUUCAAGGAGGGCCUGGCCGCGGGCUCCGUGGAGUGGGGCGCGAUGAGCACGGUGGACACCCUGAUGUCCCUGCCGAAGUGGGCGGUGAACACGGUGGACAGCCUGGCCUCUCUGGAGGACGGCGCAGCAGACACCAUGACGGUGCUGCCGAAGUGGGAGGCGAACACGGUGGACAACCUGGAUCCUCUGGAGGAAGACGCCGUGACGAUGCUGCCGAAGCUGGAGAGCAACGCCGACUGGUUCGCGCCGUUCGGCGCCGAGGCCUCCGAGGUCCAGAGCGAGGAGACGUCGGACGACUGGCAGCGGUGGCUCAAGCGCCGCGAGGCGCGACGCUCCCGGCUGGCGCCCGGGCGCGCGGCCCGCGCCGCGCAGUUUGGCAGCCAGGGCCACGUCAGCUUCUGCUCGAGGCUCUGCAGCAGCGACUGCCGCCACGGCCAGUAGAGGAGAGCGCGCCGCUCCCGGCUGGCGCCCAGGCGCGCGGCCCGCGGCGCGCAGCUCGGCGGCCAGGGCCGCGCGCGUAGCUCUGCAACAGUAAGAGAAGACACGACCGUCUAGAAAGUACGGUUCCGGAGCAUGGUGUCUCAGUUGGAUGUUCUCUUACUGUUCCUUGAGAGCGCAGAUCGCAUGAGCAACAGGCCCCAUUACCGCUGCCCCUGCCUCGUUCCCAUCUGUUUGGGGCGUCCUGGGAGGCCCUCGCCGCCGCGGCUGGAUGCCGGCGCCACGCUCGCGCAAUGCCGCCCGCACAGCGCUCGCGUGGUGUGCCGACGCCGUUUGUGCUCUGCUCAGGUCGAUCCCGAGGGUUGUUUGCGUACUCCUUCUGCUUCUCUGGUGGUAAAAGGUGGGCCUGCCGUGUUUUCCGGUUUGCACCCACAAGCCCAGUUUUCCGAUCGCAGGGUUGUACAAACUAAACACCUCAACCUCCCUAUCCUGUGCCGGGUGACCCGCUAGAGGCUAGAGCUCUCUGUCAGUCGGCAGUUUCACAUAGUGAGAAUAAUGUCAUGAAGCGAUUUGCUUAGGACACGUUCCAGGAAUUCCAGCGUAUCCAGCGGCCUUCGUCUGAAGUCCGCGCGGAAAAAUAAAACGCAUGGAAAUCGUGGAACGUACCAUUUCCAUGACUUCUUGCUUCCGUGCGUUCAAUUAGAAUGUUGGUUGAAUCGCAUUGCGCACCUCUUGGCCGGCUGUCAGCCUGUGUGCUUUAGGAUUAUUGAGGCAUUUUGAACGCGCUCGCUCUUCUGGCACAGCGAGUCCGACACGGGUCUCUUGAUCAGGCCGCGUCUAGGGUAACCGAUCUGAACAUCCAUUUUAAAGGAGGUAGGCAGCGCAUCGCUCAUGCGUGUUGUACGUAACGACGUGUUAGCUUUACAGCUAUAACUGCAUAUAAGCUGGAUCAUUUCAUCGCACUUCGCCGUGCCAAGCAACACGCUGA